AUGUCCUUUAAUGGCUUGCAAGUUGUUAUCAUUUCUAACUUCUGUCUGAUUGCGUAUAUUUUCGCUUAUGGUGAUAGAAUGCUAGUGUUUCAUGUAAUGGCUGCAGAUAGACUUUGCAAUGGCAGAAUUAAAGGGGGAUGGGGUUGGAGACUAUCAUUAGGAUUGGCCGGUAUUCCAACACUUCUCCUGACUGUAAGGCCUCUCUUGGUGGUUGGUAGUCCUAACAGUCUCAUCGAGCGUGGUCGUCUUGACGAAGGAAAGGCCGUACUCCGAAAGAUUCGAGGAACUGAUAAGAUUGAGCCUGAGUUCCUGGAACUUGUCAAGGCGAGUCGUAUCGUUAAACAAGUGAAACAUUCUUUCAGGAAUCUCCUUAAAUGA